AGUAGUAGUAGCAGAAUGAGCAGUAUUACUAAUAGUGACGGCAAUAUAAUGUAUUCUCACAUACAAGCUGUAGGGGGCAGCAAGCAAACACUGCCGUUUAAUUUUAACAGCGAAGAAGAAGAACUUCCUGCAAGCUGUUUCCAUGGCAAUCAGACAUGGCGCCAGCUCUCGUCCACUCCUCUGCAGGUCCUCCUCCACCUGAACACCUGGUAUUUCGCAGCCUUCUACCUGGCAGAGAUUCUCAUGUUCAUCUACAAAGGGAUCUCACUGCCGUACCCGUCAGAUAAUCUGGUCCUGGAUGUGGUGCUGCUGGUGAUCUUCCUCGGUCUGGAGACUCUGAGGAUCUUUUACGGUUGGAAGGGGAACCUGUGUGAGCGCUCUCUGGCCUCGUGUGCGUCGCUCUUCAUCCUGUUUCCCUGCGCUGCGCUGGCUGUUUACUACCUGCUGCUGCAGACCUUCGUCCUGCGGCUGGAGUUCAUCCUCAGCGCCGUCCUGCUCUGCUUCUACAGCCUGGAGCUCCUGCUCGGACUCCUCUCCAUAUCCGCCUUCUCCAGGUCCAAAGUUUACUGAAGAAGAAACAGGAGUUCACCUGAAACACAGAACAUGACGACGAUCACCAGAGAACUCAGUGUAAAUAUAAAACAUUGUCUGCUUUUCUAAAGGUGAUGUUUAAAUGUAAAUCUGUUUUAACUGUUUUAUACAAACGGUUUGUACGAAUGUUUCCACCCUGAGAUCAAGACCUUGUUGUAAAUAAAGUCAGUUUCACUGCAGAUUAUUAUGUUGGAAAAAGCUGUGUAAAUAAAUUGAAAUAAACUGUUUUUUCUUUAA